CACUACUUGCACCAAAACUGUCAACAUGAAAACACUGUUCUUGUCCUUGCUGGUGGCUGUGGCUCUGGCUGAGAGGCCGUCCCUCUCCUACGACGCCCCUGCACCACACACAUCCUCACCCGUCCAGCAGAUCCCCAUCAUCCGCGACGAGCGAAUCCAUCCUGCCGCUGACGGCACCUACAGCUUUGACGUGGAGACUGGGGAUGGCAUCGUCAGGCACGAGUCUGGCGGUCCAGGUGGCGCCCAGCAGGGAACCGUGAGCUUCACCUUCCCAGAUGGCCAGGUCUUCAAUCUUCAGUUCGUCGCCGACGCCAAUGGCUACCAGCCUCAGUCGCCCUUCCUGCCCGUGGCUCCUGCUUUCCCCCACCCAAUCCCCGCUCACGCCCUCGAGCAGAUCGAGCGAGGGCGUCUUGAGCAUGAAGCUCGCGCCCGCGAGGAACAACGUCAGUCAUCAAGCCAGGGGCAAGCCAACCCUUCUCGCCACUACGGCCAACCUCAGUGAAGUGUUCUCAGAUAGAACUUCAACCGCAUCCGUAUCUUUGUUAUUUUUCAUAUCCAUGGUACUCGAAUAUUACAUAAGUCUACCGAUUUGUUUUUUAGUUGUGACCCGUCUAUUUGUAAAUAAACGUAAGAAUAUGAA